AUUUAAUUAAUGAUUAAGACUGUCUAUGUGAACAUACCUUCGUAUAUUGAAGACUCAAACUACAGAUACAAGAUGCCAAAACCUUAACUUAAGAUUGAAGGCAGAGGAAAUGGUAUAAAGACCAACAUAAUGAAUUUGCAUGAAAUAGCAAAAGCUUUAAAUUGUCAUGAUCAAUGUUUAGACUUUUAUUUAACUUAGAUCCCUUGAAAUAUUUGGGUUUCGAGUUUGGUUCCCAAACUUCUUAUAAAUUUAAAAAUGACAACGAUGUGACUUGUAUUAUAAAUGGAGCCUUUUAGGAUGAUCAAAUACGAAAAUAAUUGGACAAAUUUAUUGAGAAAUACAUUCUCUGUUAAAAAUGUAGAUAUCCAGAGAUGUAUAUGAAAAUAAAAGGUGGCAAGAUUAUUUAUGGACAAUGUGACUCUUGUGGACAUGUUAGUGAUUUGGAUAACACACAUAGAUUGGCGAGUUAUAUUUUGAAGAAUCCUCCUGGGGGAAAUCAAUCAAUUAAGAAUGGUUAAGAUGAGGUUUAGAUGAUCAACAGUGAAGGACAGAGCGGAAAUAAAGAGGACAAAUAGAAAAAGAAGAAAAUUGUGGCUGCAGAAGUAGGAUUGGACUCUGAAUUGCUAGAAACCUUCUUAGCUCAAUUGAGAGACACUUAUAAUAGAUUAGUUGUCAAUGAGAAACUAGACAAUGACGUUGCUGAUAUGAUGUUGACUCAAGAUAUCAAGAAGUUCAAUCUGGAUAGACAUCUCAAAGAUAGAGUUUGCUAUUUAAUAUUUUAAAGCAUGUUCGAUGAAAAUCCAACUAAAGCCUUUGAAAGGAAUUAUGAGUUGUUGACUACCUACUUUAAUGACCUAGAUCCUCAAUUAGCAUAGUGUCAUAUGAUCUUGAACAUACAAUGGUUGAUGAAGAAACGAAACAUCGAUGAUAAAUAUUUUGGCACAGUCUUAAAAGGAUUCUAUGAUUACUCUUAUGUCGAUGAACAAUAUUUGCUAAAAUGGUUUGAAAAUUCUGAAGAGUGGAAAAAUGAAGCAAAAGAGAACUUCCUCUUUAAUGAAGAAAUUGAUAAUCAUUAUAGACAAUUGAGCGAACCCAUGAUCAAUUGGAUGAAGUAUGAUCAUUCCUGUUAUCAAUAUUUAGAUCCUAAGCUGGAUAGGAAGAGGAAUAUUAUGAAGAAGAAGCCGAAGGUGAACAGGGAGAUGAAUAAUAAUGACACAUCAAGGAUGUUCAUUUAUUAUUGUAUAAAUUCAUAAUAACUCC